AACUAAUACCACAACAUGUCAUCUGUCAAAGUAGCUGUAAGAGUCAGACCAUUCAAUAAUAGAGAAAUCAAUAGAGAAUGCAAAUGUAUUAUUCAAAUGAGUGGCAAUACGACAGCCAUCACCAAUCCAAAGGCAGAACCAAACACGAAAGAUGCUCAAAAAAGUUUUAAUUUCGAUUAUUCGUACUGGUCACAUGACGAGAGUGAUCCGAAGUUUUCUUCGCAAAUAGUAGUGUACAGAGACAUAGGCGAGGAAAUGCUGCAACACUCCUUCGACGGGUACAACGUCUGCAUCUUCGCUUACGGCCAAACUGGUGCAGGAAAAUCCUACACGAUGAUGGGGAAGCAGGAAGACGGUCAGGAAGGCAUCAUACCGCAGAUAUGCCAGGACCUGUUCAAGAAAAUUCGAAACAACAGCUCGUCCGACGUGAAAUAUUCCGUGGAGGUUAGUUACAUGGAGAUUUACUGCGAGCGGGUAAGGGACCUGCUGAAUCCGAAGAACAAAGGAAAUUUGAGGGUGAGGGAGCACCCGCUGCUGGGGCCAUACGUCGAAGACCUCAGCAAGUUGGCCGUCAUGAGCUACCAAGAUAUCCAUGAUCUCAUCGACGAAGGUAACAAGGCCAGGACCGUGGCUGCGACCAAUAUGAACGAAACCAGUUCGAGAUCGCAUGCUGUGUUCACGAUUUUUUUCACGCAACAGAGGGUUGACGAAGCGACUCAGCUGUGUACCGAAAAGGUAUCAAAAAUAUCACUUGUCGAUUUGGCCGGAUCCGAAAGGGCAGAUUCCACAGGUGCCAAAGGAACCAGAUUGAAGGAAGGUGCAAAUAUCAACAAAAGUCUGACAACACUAGGAAAAGUUAUAUCAGCCUUAGCAGAAAUAUCGGCAACAAAAAACAAAAAAUCCAAAAAAGCGGAUUUUAUUCCCUACAGAGAUUCUGUUCUGACAUGGCUGCUCAGAGAAAACCUAGGAGGAAACAGUAAAACUGCUAUGAUCGCUGCUAUUUCACCAGCAGACAUCAACUACGACGAAACAUUAUCAACACUGAGGUAUGCUGAUAGAGCUAAACAGAUAGUUUGCAAGGCCAUUGUUAACGAAGAUGCUAACGCCAAACUCAUUCGAGAGCUCAAAGAAGAAAUACAGAAACUGCGGGAGUUGUUAAAACAGGAAGGCAUCGACGUGCACGAGGGGCCAGAUGGUAAAGUAGUAUAUGAGAAAAAGGAGCCUCCUAGGAUAGAAGAAGCUGUUAUACCAAGAAACAACAAAGAAAUCGAAAGAUCUAGAAGCCAGUCGACUACUAUAGCGGAAGAGGCUGUAGAUCAGCUACAAGCUAGUGAAAAACUCAUAGCCGAAUUGAAUGAAACUUGGGAGGAGAAGUUGAAGAAAACCGAAGCAAUAAGAAUCCAACGAGAGGCUGUGUUCGCAGAGAUGGGUGUAGCAGUUAAGGAAGAUGGAAAUACGGUGGGCGUAUUUUCCCCCAAAUGCACGCCACACUUGGUUAAUUUAAAUGAAGAUCCUUUCAUGUCUGAAUGUUUGAUCUACUACAUCAAGGAAGGGUUGACGAGAAUCGGCUCUGAUCAAGCAAACAUGCCACAGGACAUUCAGUUAUGUGGGUCACAUAUUAAAUCAGAACACUGCGUUUUUGAAAACAAGGACAAUCGAGUUACUCUGGUGCCUCUGAACGGGGCACUGAUUUACGUUAAUGGAAGAGAGAGGAAAACUAAAAUUUAA